UAGGUCUUGAAUGUGGCAAUCCAAUCCGAACCGGUAGUCUGGAUUUGGACCAGAAAAAGCACGAACACGCUCUGGCAUCGGAACUGAAUGUGCGACUUGGUGUUGUCUUGUGUUGAACAUGACUACAUUUUUCUCCCUCUCUUAAAUAUUACAUAAACGGUGUGUUCUCUUAACCACUGUUUCAUCUUUCUUUUUGCCUCCCUUUUCCUUUUCUUCAAAAAAGUUAUUAUCUGCUUCAAUGGAAGGUUUCGCUUCUCUCAAGGCUCCCUCUCAGGCCACUCCAUUCUUCUCUUCCACACCCAGAUAUUGGAAUCUUCCAUCCCAACUCAGUUUUUAUAAAAGAAGCCCCUUUUCAACCUUUUCUGUUCGCGCGCAGGUGGAGUCUAAUGAUGGUUUAGCUGCAGUAGCCACAUCGGGUGAAUCUGUGACAGAGGCUCUCAAAGUUAAGGAGUGGGAAGUGGGAAUGUUUCAAAAUGAGGUUGCUGCUAGCCAGGGUAUAAGAAUCAGGAGAAGACCACCAACUGGACCCCCUUCGCAUUAUGUAGGACCCUUUCAAUUCAGGUUGCAGAAUGAGGGCAAUACACCCAGAAACAUUUUGGAAGAGAUUGUUUGGAACAAGGACACAGAAGUCUCACAACUUAAAGAAAGAAAACCCCUCAUUGUGCUGAAGAAAGCUCUCGAAAAUGCACCUCCUGUUAGGGAUUUUAUUGGUGCUCUAAAGGCAGCCAACGAAAGAACUGGGCUGCCAGGGUUGAUUGCUGAAGUGAAGAAGGCAUCGCCAAGUAGGGGUAUCUUGAGAGAGGACUUUGAUCCAGUUGAAAUUGCUCAAGCUUAUGAGAAAGGGGGGGCGGCAUGCCUAAGUGUUUUAACGGAUGGAAAGUAUUUUAAGGGAAGCUUUGAAAAUCUUGAAGCAAUAAGAAAGGCUGGAGUAAAGUGCCCUUUGUUGUGCAAAGAAUUCAUCAUUGAUGCAUGGCAACUCUACUAUGCUAGAACUAAAGGUGCAGAUGCAGUCCUUUUAAUUGCUGCUGUUUUGCCUGAUCUCGACAUCAAAUACAUGGUUAAGAUAUGCAAAUUACUUGGACUGACUGCACUUGUUGAGGUUCACGAUGAGAGGGAAUUUGAUCGUGUUCUUGCAAUAGAGGGGAUUGAGCUUAUUGGCAUUAACAACCGCAAUCUUGAAACAUUUCAGCUGGAUAUCAGCAUCACAAAGAAGCUUCUUGAAGGAGAGCGUGGCAAAAUAAUCCGUGAGAGAGACAUAACUAUUGUGGGGGAAUCCGGUCUGUUCACCCCUGAAGAUAUUGCCUUUGUUCAAGAAGCAGGUGUUAAAGCUGUAUUGGUUGGAGAGUCUAUUGUAAAACAAAGUGAUCCUGCGAAGGGAGUCAGCAAUCUCUUUGGCAAAGAUAUCUCUUUGGGUUGAAGUGAGCUAUCUUUCUUGAGGUUGCGGGCUGGCCUGUUAGUCCACAGGCUAGGUGGUGCGAACUGCAAAUACCUGACAUAUUUAUGUUGCGGUCCGGGCUGGCUUGUUUAAGUUGUUUGGGCUCUUUAUCUUGUAUUAUCCUUCCCCAAUUAUAAUUAAAUGAGAUAAAUUAUGUAAUACUCACUAAAUUCUUAUAUUUUCAUUAUUCUAAUGAAUGAUAUAUAUUUUAUGUUUUUUCA